AUGAACAUAGAAACCCUGAAAUGCUCACUCUCAAGGGUUCUUGUGGAGUACUAUCCAUUGGCUGGGAGGCUAAGAGCAAGCACAGAAAAUGAUCAAAAACUCCAAGUUGACUGCAAUGGAGAAGGAGCUGUUUUUGCAGAAGCCUUCAUGGAUUUAACUGUCCAAGAGAUUCUUCAAGUUUCUAAAAAACCAAAUAAAUCUUGGAGGAAACUCUUGUACAAAGUUGAUGCUCCAGGUUUCUUGGAUAUUCCCCCUCUAGUAAUUCAGGUGACGAAUCUCCGACGUGGAGGAAUGAUUCUGUGCACCGCAAUUAAUCACUGUCUGUGCGAUGGUAUUGGUACAUCACAAUUCUUACAUGCUUGGGCCCAUAUGAGCACAAAAUCCACCACUGAUCUACCAAUCAGACCAUUCCACUGUCGCCACGUGUUGAAACCCCGCAACCCACUACAAGCCACGUUCUCUUGCCCUGGAUUUACCAAGUUUGCCCCUGAUAAGUUUAAUUCUCGAAUCGACACCAACAUUUACCAAUAUUUACAGUCUCAGCCACUUGUGCCAGCAUCCAUAACUUUUACACACUCCCAAAUUCUUCACUUAAAGAGGCAGUGUUUGCCCUCCCUAAAAUGUACCACUUUUGAGGUUUUGGCUUCUCACACGUGGCGUUGUUGGGCGAAAUCACUCGAUCUUUCACUUUCUUCUAACGUAAAACUCUUAUUUUCGUGUAACGUGAGGAAAAAGUUAAUACCGCAGUUACCACGAGGAUAUUACGGAAAUGGGUUCGUGUUAGCUUGCGCAGAGACCAUGGUAAAGGAACUUGAUACGACCAACUUGUAUAGUGGGGUGAAGCUUGUGCAAUGUGCAAAAUCAACAAUAACUCAUGAUUACGUGAAAUCCAUAAUAGAUUUGCUGGAGGAUAAAACUGUAAAGACGAACCUCUCGACAAGUUUGGUAAUAUCCCAAUGGUCAAAAUUAGGGUUGGAAGAGUUGGAUUUUGGAGAAGGGAAGCCUCUACACAUGGGUCCUCUAACUAGUGAUAUUUACUGCUUAUUUUUACCUAUCAUUGGAGAAUUUGAUGGUGUUAGAGUGCUUGUGUCCAUGCCAGAGAAUAUAGUUGAUAAAUUUGAAUAUUACAUGACACAAUUUCCAUUAAUUAUGGAAAAUGGAGAUGCAAAUAGUGUGGAGUGUGGAGUAGACAACCUUGAAAUGGUUUCUAUUUGA